CGCCGGGGCCGGGCGCGCGGGGAGGGGGCGCAGGAAGCGGGCGAGGCCGGGCGCGGGAGGCGGCGGCGGCGGCCCCGGGAGCUGCCGAUCGGCGCCGGGACAAAGGCGCGGCCGCCCGGCGCCCCGAGCCUCCCGAGCCGGGGCGCAACCCGCGCCCCCCGCCGCGACUGACAUGAUGUUUCCACAAAGCAGGCAUUCGGGCUCGUCUCACCUACCCCAGCAACUCAAAUUCACCACCUCGGACUCCUGCGACCGCAUCAAAGACGAGUUUCAGCUGCUGCAGGCUCAGUACCACAGCCUCAAGCUGGAAUGUGACAAGCUGGCCAGCGAGAAGUCAGAGAUGCAGCGUCAUUAUGUGAUGUACUAUGAGAUGUCCUACGGCUUGAACAUUGAGAUGCACAAGCAGGCUGAAAUCGUCAAGAGGCUAAAUGGGAUUUGUGCCCAGGUCCUACCCUACCUUUCCCAAGAGCACCAGCAGCAGGUCUUGGGAGCCAUCGAGAGGGCUAAGCAGGUCACCGCUCCUGAGCUGAACUCCAUCAUCCGGCAGCAGCUCCAAGCCCAUCAGCUGUCCCAGCUUCAGGCUCUGGCCUUGCCCCUGACCCCACUGCCCGUGGGGCUGCAGCCGCCCUCGCUGCCCGCGGUCAGCGCUGGCACCGGCCUCCUCUCGCUGUCCGCGCUGGGCUCCCAGGCCCACCUCUCCAAGGAAGACAAGAAUGGGCAUGACGGGGACACCCACCAGGAGGAUGACGGCGAGAAGUCGGAUUAGCGGGGACAGGGAGGGUGGGGGGGACAGAGGGGAGACAGACACGGAGAGAGAGGAAUGUUUAGUGCAAGACACAGUGUAGCUCGGGUUCGGCCGAACGUGGUAGUAUUUAUGGUAGCCGCCUGCUGGGGUCCUAGCCCUGCCCGCGCCACCCCUAGCUUCGCUCACACCCCCAGCUCCCGGCCUCCCCGACUCCUUUCUCCUCUCCGCCCUCCCUCAUCCUCCUUCCCUGCAGCCUGAGUGGGCGAAUGCCCGCUCAUUCCACGCAGGAGGCCAGCUGAGGCCUGGAGGCACAAAUGGGAGGCCAGGUCAGAAGACAGCAAAGCCUCAAGAAGCCCAGCACCUCUGCACAGCCCUGUUCCGCAAACGUGCACCUGACCGCAGGGCCGCCAGGCCCCUCAGGGCACACGCCCCCCAGCCUCCCACCCUGGCACUGCAUGCAAACACCACUGCUAGCUGCCCCCUCCCGCCCCGCACCCCACGCCCCUCCCCACUCACCUCCUCCGCUAGUUCCAGAGCCCACGCCCACCUGUCCUCUCCCAGAGUGGGGGCGGAGACAGUGAGCCUAGCCAGGAGCAGGGGUGGGGGUGGCGGGCGUCCCAGAAUUCCCUUUCUCCCCUCCCCGAAUAAAGAUGAGGGUACUCAAGUUGUCUUGGUUUUUAUUUUAUUUUUUUUUCUCCUUUUUCCAGUAUACUAGCUUGUCUUUUAAGAAAAGGGAUAUUAAAAAAAAAAAGAAAAAAAAGACAGAAAAAUGUUUAAAAAAAAAAAAAACAAGCAACACCCACACCUGUGUCUGUAUAUAGCCUCUUAGACUGUCAGCUUUUGUUGUGUUCAGUCGUUUGAUCGCUGCGGAGAGAAGGCAGAAUGCUGUAUGGAGGGUGGGCUUAGCUGUGCCUUUCAAAUAAAGAUGUGAGAAGGUU